GGUGCUGUGUACUAUGAAGGUGGACUUGAAGAGGCAAAGCAGCUAUUUGGGCGGUUGUUGUUCGGUACUCAGGACCUGCGGGACGUGUGGCUUAAUUAUCCCCUACACCCACUUCAACUUCAGGAGUCUAACACUGAUCGACAGCUGAUUGAGACAUCACCAGUCCUUAAGAAGCUGACAAAAUUUGAAGAAGCAAUUGGACUUCUGUUUACUCAUAUACGGCUUCUAGCUCGAGCUUUCACCUUGAGAACAGUGGGAUUUAACCAUCUGACCUUAGGCCAUAACCAGAGGAUGGAAUUCCUGGGUGACUCUAUAAUGCAGCUGGUAGCCACCGAAUAUUUAUUCAUACAUUUCCCUGGUCAUCACGAGGGCCACUUAACGCUGCUGCGUAGUUCACUGGUGAACAACAGGACACAGGCUAAAGUAGCAGAGGAGCUAGGUAUGCAGGAGUUUGCCAUCACAAAUGAUAAAACAAAGAGACCCGUGGCUCUCCGGACCAAGACCUUGGCUGAUUUGUUGGAAUCAUUUAUUGCGGCACUUUAUAUCGAUAAGGACUUGGAAUACGUUCACACUUUUAUGAAUGUGUGCUUCUUCCCGCGACUAAAGGAGUUUAUUCUAAAUCAAGACUGGAAUGAUCCUAAAUCUCAACUUCAGCAAUGCUGUUUGACUCUGAGAACAGAAGGAAAAGAGCCCGAUAUCCCUCUGUACAAGACUCUACAGACUGUAGGCCCUUCCCAUGCAAGAACCUAUACUGUUGCUGUGUACUUCAAAGGAGAGCGAAUUGGUUGCGGUAAAGGACCAAGGUAA